UUUGAGCGGUUACCUCCCUUGAUAGGUUUCAAUCAUGGCGGACAAAUUCGAGGCUUUGGAACAACAGCUAGAAUUGUUUAUUGAAAAUACCCGUCAAAUGGGUAUCAUUGUUAGUGAUUUUCAGCCACAAGGACAGAAUGUUCUGAAUCAAAAGUUGCAGACAAUGGUUUUAGAGAUGCAGGAAAUCGACAAGUUCCGUCCUCAGAUGCAAGAUGUCCAUGUCCCUUUGGAAGUUUUUGACUACAUCGAUCAAGGUAAAAACCCCAACCUGUAUACAAAGGACUGUUUGGAAAAAGCCCUGGCUAAAAAUGAACUGAUAAAGGGAAAGAUGGAUAACUUGAAGAGGUUUAAGGCAAUGCUCAUGGUUGAACUUACGAAAGUGUUUCCAAAUGAGAUGAGCAUGUACCGAGCCCUCAAGGGAGAUGAACGACCAACGUGACAACAGCACCUGACAUUAUGCGUGAAAAUAAUGACAUUAUGUUGAGAAAGACAUUAGACUCCAGAGUUUCUGGUCAUGGGUGGUCAUGUGACCUAAACCUACACUUAGUUUUUGCAGGAUAUAUGAUUUACGGGACACAUACCUGACAGUGGCCGUAGGUUUACUAUCUGUACUGGAGGAAUCAGUGAGCUACCUGAGCUGGUUUCUUUACCAUCAGUUUAUCAUGUGUAAAAGUGACAGUUUCAUAAUGCUGCAUCAGCAGUUUUCACAGCGACACACAGUCAGUAGCAGGAGGCUAAUGAGGCAUGCUUCAGCUCUGAGCUCUCAUUUUCUGAAUGAUGGUUCUUUGUUCAUACUUUAUACCCUUUUUAAGGCAGUAGAUAAUACUUCAUGAGACAAAAUGAUGUUGACAGAAAAUAGUGAUAGUGGGAUAUAUUGUUGGACAUACUCAAGUGUGUUUGGUCUGUGCUGAUUUCUUCAGCAUUUCCUCUGUACAUAACCAUAUGGAGCCAUCAUCUCAUGUAUUUCAAUCAAUAAACAGGAAUUAAAUGCUA